UGCAGCGAUGGCGUCUGCUGAUCUGAGACAGGAGCUGGUCUGUUCCAUCUGCCUGAGCAUUUAUACAGAUCCUGUAACCCUGAGAUGUGGCCACAACUUCUGCCGGGUCUGUAUUGAUCGUGUGCUGGAUACACAGGAGGAGGCUGGAGCUUAUACCUGUCCUGACUGCAGAGCAGAGUGUCAGGAACGUCCUGCACUGCAGAGGAACAUAACGCUGUGUAACAUAGUGGGGAGUUUCCUGUCUACUCACCCAGAUCAGGAGGAGACUGGGAUCUUCUGCACGUACUGUGUGGACUCUCCUGUACCUGCUGCUAAAUCCUGUCUGAUGUGUGAGGCUUCUCUGUGUGAUAAACACCUGAGAGUACACAGCAAGUCACCAGAGCACGUCUUAUGUGAUCCCACCACUGCCCUGGGGAACAGGAAAUGCUCCGUCCAUAAGGAGAUCUACAAGUAUUACUGCCCAGAGGACGCUGUCUGUAUCUGUGUGUCCUGCAGCUUGGCUGGGAAACACUGGGGACAUAAAGUGGAGAUGCUGGAUGAGGCCUCUGAGAAGAAGAAGGAGAAGCUGAGGAAUGUUCUGCAGAAACUGACCACAAAGAAAGAGAAGACUGACAAAGGAGUCCAGAGUCUGCAGGAGCGCAGGAGAGAAGAUCAGGGAAAAGCAGCUGGUGUAAUAGAGACAGUCACUGCCCUGUUUAGAGACAUCAGGAGACAGCUGGAGGACCUGGAGAAGAGAGUCCUGAGUGAGAUCUCCAGGCAGGAACAGCGCGUUUCACUCUCAGUCUCUGAUCUGAUCCAGCAGCUGGAAAUAAAGAAGGACGAGCUGUCCGGGAAGAUGCGUCACAUUGAGGAGCUGUGUAACAUGUCUGAUCCAGUGACUGUCUUACAGGAACCAGACACAGGGGACUUGUGUGACACUGAGGACACAGAGAGACAUGAUAACCAGGUCCGUGGUGCAGGAGAUCUGGAUGUGGGUCUCAUCUCAGAGACAUUACACACAUUAUCUGAUAUAGUAACAGGGAUAAAUACAGGGAUCUAUGUGCAGGAGGCUACAGACAUAUUACUGGAUGUAACCACAGCUGGUAAUAAUAUACAGAUAUCAGGUGACAGGAAAACUGCAUCCUGGUCACAUAUAAAUCAGAGUCACCCAGUAACACCAGAGAGAUUUCAGUGUUAUCAGGUAAUAAGCAGCAGGAGAUUCUCCUCAGGGCGACAUUACUGGGAGGUGGAUGUCAGUCAGUCAGUGGAGUGGAGGGUGGGGAUAUGUUACCCCAGUAUAGACAGGAGAGGAUUGCAGUCAGUCAUUGGAUAUAAUAACAAGUCCUGGUGUGUGUAUAGGUGGUAUAAUAAUCAGUACUCAGUGAUACAUGACAGUACAGAGAUCCGGUUACCUGACAAUAUCCCCUGUGACAGAGUGAGGGUAUAUCUGGAUUAUGAGGCAGGACAGCUGUCCUUUUAUUCUCUGUGUGACCCCAUCAGACACUUACACACCUACACUGCCGCCCCCACUGAGCCCCUCCAUGCUGCAUUAUGGGUAGGGAGCGGGUGUAUAACUAUAUGUGGGGGAGUCAGGAGCUGGGAGAAAUUACCAUAAAGAAUCUGCCCAGAGACUGGUGACAUCACAGGGAAGGGUAUAGGAUUAGGGGAACGUUCAGACAAUAGAAUGAUGUAUUGGGUGGAGCUACAGCUGAGCCCCUCCCCCUGUGUAACCAUCUGACCAGGGUGUGGGUGUGUUUCCAUGUUGGUGUAUCAUGCUGGGUACACACUGACAGACAUAUCACCCACCCAGCUGUGAUGUCAUCACCGACAUAUCUAACGGCCAAUUGGUCGUCAGUAUACUGUAUCUUACCUUAUUGGCUGCUCUGUCGGUGCGAUGGUGUGUCGGCAGACAUGUCGCUGAGGUGUGUACCCAGCCUUAGAGACUGUCAUUAUAAAUAUAUACAUAUACAUAUCUGUGGGAUUUCUCCACCUCUGACUCACUGACAGCUGUGAUUGGCUGCAAUAUCUGUCUGUCAGCCAGUCAGUGCUAUGCUUGCUCUUAUUGGCUGUAUGGGAUGAUGUCUCCUCCUACUGGUAAUUGUAGUCCAAAGUUAUGGGCCUGAUCCAUGUUUAUAUAUGUAGCCCUAGGAAAGGGUUAAUCCUAAAAUAUAUAAAUAUAUGUGUAAUUUCUGAGGUGAAGCCUAGUUAAUAAAUAUAUAUAUAUAUAUAUAUAUGGUUGUGCAUGUUAAGAUGCAUUUAUAUUCAGUUACUAUUGUGCAGGGACAGUUGGGGGGUCUGCCUUCAGGUUACACAGGGUGUGCUUAUCCUUUUUCUUACUUUAAUAAUCUUCAACGGCACCAGUUCCCGCAGUCCUCUGCCACCUGAUACUUAUUCCAGUGUCAUCUGCUGAUGUAGCUAUGUGUAUAUACCCUGUACUUGUCCUAUAUUGUCAUGAACUGUAAGUUGCUAUUUUCCUGUUUUGAUUAUUUAUGUACUGUGUUAUUAGUUGCUGCGGAACCCUUGUGGCACCAUAUAAAGGAUAAUAAUAGUGAAUAAUAGUUAUACCAGAGACACAUUUAUACAAAUAAUGUAAAUCAGCGCCUUUCUUACACUUCCCGGAUAGAACACUAAAAGGUGAGAGGAAGCUGUGGGGAAACACUAAUUAGCGUCCCCUACGUGGGGGCUCCUGGGCUGCAUGUCUAAUCGGCUCUGCAUCUAGGCUACGCCCUAUUUACCAGUCAUUGACAAUUUUUAUGACAGUGAAAUGUUAUCUGUGCUACACAUUGUGAGUUGCAUGCAUUAAUGAGCCAACAUGAUUAUCUAAUUAUUAUUACCAGAUUCUAAUCAGUCUCAUAUAUAGCAGCCUGACGGGG